UAUCCUGUCCGCCGACAGUCCCUGUUGAUAAAGUUGCGGCGGUUUGAAUCCCCCCCACCUCUUGCCAAGAUGGCGGACUAUGACCUGACGAUGCGGAUCGCGAAUUUCCUGGACCGGCACCUGGUCUUCCCGCUGCUCGAGUUCCUCUCGGUUAAAGAGAUUUACAAUGAAAAGGAACUCCUCCAAGGAAAGCUGGAUCUUCUUAGUGACACAAACAUGGUUGACUUUGCUAUGGAUGUGUACAAGAACUUGUACCCUGAUAAAGAAAUUCCACAAGCUCUGAGAGAGAAGCGCACCACUGUGGUUGCUCAGCUGAAACAGCUCCAGUCCGAAACUGAACCAAUUGUAAAGAUGUUUGAGGAUCCAGAAACUACGAGGCAAAUGCAGUCGACCAGGGAUGGACGAAUGCUAUUUGAUUAUCUAGCCGAAAAGCAUGGGUUUCGUCAGGAAUAUUUGGACACCUUGUACCGAUAUGCUAAAUUCCAGUAUGAAUGUGGCAAUUAUUCGGGUGCAGCAGAGUAUCUCUACUUUUUCAGAGUUCUGGUUCCUUCCACGGACCGGAACGCCCUGAGUUCACUCUGGGGGAAACUAGCAUCUGAGAUUCUGAUGCAGAACUGGGAAGCUGCUAUGGAGGAUCUAACACGACUCAAAGAAACCAUUGAUAACAAUUCUGUCAGUUCCCCUCUUCAAUCUCUUCAGCAGAGGACAUGGUUAAUCCACUGGUCGCUGUUUGUGUUCUUCAACCAUCCUAAGGGUAGAGACAAUAUCAUUGACCUCUUCCUUUAUCAGGCACAAUAUCUUAAUGCCAUUCAGACGAUGUGUCCACACAUCCUUCGUUACCUGACCACAGCAGUCAUCACCAACAAGGAUGUGCGAAAACGUAGACAGGUCCUCAAGGACUUGGUGAAGGUCAUCCAGCAAGAAUCCUAUACUUACAAGGACCCCAUCACAGAAUUUGUGGAAUGUCUAUAUGUGAAUUUUGAUUUUGAUGGUGCUCAGAAGAAGCUGCGAGAGUGUGAAUCGGUGCUUGUGAAUGACUUUUUCUUGGUGGCCUGCCUUGAGGACUUCAUAGAGAAUGCCCGACUCUUCAUCUUUGAGACAUUUUGCCGCAUUCAUCAGUGCAUCAGCAUCAGUAUGCUUGCAGAGAAACUGAAUAUGACUCCUGAAGAAGCAGAGAGAUGGAUUGUCAACUUAAUUCGAAAUGCAAGGCUGGAUGCAAAAAUAGAUUCAAAACUGGGGCACGUCGUCAUGGGAAACAAUGCUGUGUCCCCAUAUCAACAGGUCAUCGAGAAAACAAAGAGCCUCUCUUUUCGAAGUCAAAUGCUAGCGAUGAACAUCGAAAAGAAAAUGAAUCAAAACAACAGGACAGAGGCUCCCAACUGGACCACUACAGACUCUGGUUUUUACUGAAGAGAGUUGCAAAUAUAGUGCAGCUUGAAGAUGAGAUCAGUGCUGGUUCAUCUGAACAUUUGAAGUUCAUCUUUAACAAUUCAUUUUUUUUUUUUUUAAAUACAAGGACAUUAUUGUCACAUUUUGGAGUCCAUAUCCGUGAAUAAAAUAAAAUGUCAACUUUAAAA